AUGCACUCUCCCAAGAGAAAAAAACCUCUUUAGCAAUACGCACUAAACUGAGCCUGUACAGUGUCUCCACAUGAUAUGUCUUAUCAGGAGAUAAGGGGAAGACACUGAAAGAAAGGGAGGAUCAGAGAAGACAGGAUCAAACAUCCUUUUUACACAAUGCAGAGGAUUAACCCCUUAGGUUCCACAGUGAGUAUAACAAGCAUGCUUUACUGCCAGGGGUGGACUGACAACUCAUGGGGCCCCUGGGCAAUAGGGGAUCAUGGGACCCCUGGGUCCUUGCCCAAACUCAAAAAAGCCUAU